AUGGCGCUGGGAAUGGAGAUGAAGAGGCUUAGAGGCCCUUGGGGGACUUGGUGGCCAACUUCUUGCUGGGAAACAAGGGACUUAACUCUCCGCUCCUGGCCUACCCUACUCGGGGGCUCUCCCUGCAGGUACCUGAAGGAAUUCCGCACUGAGCAGUGCCCGCUCUUUGUGCAACACAAAUGUACUCAGCAUCGGCCCUACACCUGCUUCCACUGGCAUUUCGUGAACCAGCGACGCCGCCGGUCCAUCCGCCGUCGGGACGGCACCUUCAACUACAGCCCCGACGUCUACUGCACCAAGUACGACGAGGCCACAGGCCUCUGCCCGGAGGGCGACGAGUGCCCAUUCCUGCACAGGACCACAGGGGACACUGAGCGCAGGUACCACCUGCGCUACUAUAAGACUGGAAUCUGCAUCCACGAGACAGACUCAAAAGGCAACUGCACCAAAAACGGCCUGCACUGCGCUUUUGCUCAUGGGCCCCACGACCUCCGCUCCCCUGUCUACGACAUCAGGGAGCUCCAGGCAAUGGAGGCCUUGCAGAACGGCCAGACCACAGUGGAGGGCAGCAUAGAGGGCCAGUCGGCUGGGGCCGCAAGCCACGCCAUGAUAGAAAAAAUCCUCAGUGAGGAGCCUCGGUGGCAAGAGACCGCUUAUGUGCUGGGGAACUAUAAGACGGAGCCGUGCAAGAAGCCCCCACGGCUGUGCCGCCAGGGUUAUGCCUGUCCCUACUACCACAACAGCAAGGACCGGCGGCGGAGUCCCCGGAAACACAAAUACAGGUCCUCUCCGUGUCCGAACGUAAAACACGGGGACGAAUGGGGUGACCCUGGCAAGUGUGAGAGCGGAGACUCCUGCCAGUGCUGCCACACCCGCACGGAGCAGCAGUUCCACCCGGAGAUCUAUAAAUCUACCAAGUGCAACGACAUGCAGCAGUCGGGCAGCUGUCCCCGAGGACCCUUCUGCGCCUUCGCCCACGUAGACCAGCCACCCCUCGGUGACGACCUGCAGCCUCCCUCAGCCGUGUCCAGCCCCAGCCAGCCGGGUCCCGUCUUGUACAUGCCGUCCGCUGCCGGGGACUCGGUGCCUGUGAGCCCUUCCAGCCCGCAUGCCCCUGACCUCAGCGCUCUCCUCUGUAGAAACAGCAGCCUCGGCAGCCCAUCUAACCUCUGUGGCUCCCCACCGGGCUCCAUCAGGAAGCCCCCGAAUCUGGAAGGCAUUGUCUUUCCUGGGGAGUCUGGCCUCGCCCCUGGUAGUUAUAAGAAGGCUCCUGGCUUCGAGAGGGAAGACCAGGUGGGAGCUGAGUACCUGAAAACUUUGAAAUGCCAGGCCAAGUUAAAACCCCACUCACUAGAGCCCAGGAGUCAAGAGCAGCCUCUGCUUCAACCCAAACAGGACAUGCUGGGCAUCCUCCCUGUGGGCAGCCCCCUGACCUCAAGCAUCUCUUCUAGUAUCACCUCCAGCCUAGCAGCUACUCCCCCUAGCCCCGCCGGCACCAGCAGCGUUCCUGGCAUGAAUGCAAAUGCUCUGCCCUUCUACCCCACCAGCGACACGGUAGAGUCGGUCAUAGAGUCUGCCCUGGAUGACCUGGACCUGAACGAGUUUGGGGUAGCUGCCCUAGAGAAGACUUUCGACAACAGCACGGUGCCGCACCCAGGCAGCAUCACAAUCGGCGGCAGUUUGCUGCAGAGCUCCGCACCCGUGAACAUCCCUGGCUCCUUGAGCAGCUCUGCUUCCUUCCACUCAGCAUCCCCGUCCCCUCCUGUCAGCCUCUCCUCGCAUUUCCUGCAGCAGCCCCAGGGCCACCUGAGCCAGGCAGAAAACACAUUUUUGGGGACCUCAGCAUCACAUGGAUCUUUGGGUCUGAAUGGGAUGAAUAGCAGCAUCUGGGAGCACUUUGCCUCUGGAAGCUUCUCCCCGGGCACUUCCCCUGCCUUCCUGUCAGGGCCCGGGGCUGCCGAGCUGGCCCGGCUUCGGCAAGAGCUAGAUGAAGCCAACGGCACCAUCAAGCAGUGGGAGGAGUCCUGGAAGCAGGCAAAACAGGUACUGGGCCCCCACGCCCACCCUCCUUUCCCAGGGCCUGGUGGCAUCUAGCCCAGGCCCAUCUCACACAGAGUGGGUACAGGGGCUGGGGGAGGUCAGGGGUCCUGGGGAACAGAGCGGAAACUCCGUUUGGC